CUCACCGCCUAAAUUUGUCGCUGGCAGUGAAAAGACUGUGUUUAUGAUACAGCAACAAUCAGACUGAUCUAAAUAAAUAUACCUGCAUAAAAUACCAACCAUAAAACAGAAUAUGGCAGACGCAAAAGUUGAUGCCGGUUCUGAGAUUUCAGCCAAGGACCUCAAAAAGAAGCUUUCAGAGGAGACCAAGAAUGGAAAGGAUGCUCCUGCUAAUGGAAAAGCAGAGAAUGAAGAGAACGGGGAGCCAGAAAUAGAAGAUGAAGAUGAUGAAGUUGACGAGGACGACGAUGAUGGAGAAGAUGAUGAUGACGAUGAAGACGAAACUGAGGGUGGCACCAAAAGAGCUGCUGAGGAUGAUGACGACGAUGAUGAGGAUGACAUUGAAACGAAGAAACAAAAAACCAACAAUGACAAUUAAGACAUUUUCAUCUUGGCGUUCCUUUUAAACCUUUCCCCUGCCAGAAUCCUCUCAGCAGUGGAGGGAUGCUUGGUCAUCAUCCAGUACAGUUCAACACUGUGCUCACACACACCCAACUGCACAUUUUUAAAGACUCAAACAAGAUUUCAAGGCUAUACCCUCUCAACAAAAUACUGUAAAAGGAGUUUAUAGGAGGAAUUUGUUCGUAUUUUUAUUUACAUUUUAUAUUUUUGUACAUAUUGUUUGGAGGUCAACUGUUUUUGACUGAUCUCUGUUGACCAAAUGGUGCUUUGGAGUUGAUGCUUCUCUAUAAAAUGGAUUUACUUGUUUGACCAUGUCACAUUAUCUCUACAGAAACCUUGUAUAAAAUGUGUAUGUACUUACACUAGUUGUACCAUAUGUAGUUGGUUUGUAUGGGAUGGCAAGGCCAAAGAAAAGGGUUUGCUUUUUGUCUACAAAAUUGUUUAUUGUGGCCUGUUUAUAUGUGAAGUUUGUUGUCCAACAAUAAACUGGAAUUUUAUUUUGUGACUUACA